AUGGAUAAGAUAAUAACCCCGCUCGUUGGCCGGGCGAAGUCGGUGAGGGCCGUGGUUUCUAGGCAGGCUCUCGGCGCGGCCACCGGUGGUAGGGACCUUGCUACUUCUACCGGCGCCGCCCUCGGGGACAGCGGAUACGUACUGAAACCCGUGCCGGGAGAAACCGGCCGUUACUUCCUGGCGUUCGCGAAAAACAAAAUGGAAAAGCUCAAGGACCUAUCGUUCAUCGAUUUCACCAAGCAGAACAAGGUACAAAAGGACGAAUUUCUAUUGAGCGUAGAAUCCGCAAAGACUAUGUUUGACUUCAUGUCGCCGGCAACGCUUGAAAUCAUUGCGCUGAACAAGAAGUUUGCCGAGCAGCCCUCCGAAGACACGCUGAAGCAACUCAAGGAGCAACCAGAGCUAGAUGACAACUACUUAAUGAUAGUCAAGAUGGAGUGA